AUGUCGCGAGGUGGUCAGACGCUGUACGUCACUGGCUUCAGCCAGGGCACCCGCGCUCGCGACCUGGCCUACGAGUUCGAACGCCCUGCCUUUCGAGAAAGUGGCGCCGUCGAGGCGUCCUUGAUCAAUCGCUCAUCGCCACACCUCUCUGCCGUUCCCAUCGUCCUCCCCGUUGCCGCCAUCGUUACCCUCCGCUACGCCCGCGAUCGAUCGCCGUUCGGUGUGCUCGACGAUUCGGUUUGCAUUCUUGUCUCCGAUCGCUACGUUAGUUAUGGCCGUCUCGUCCGUUGUGACAUCCCUGCACCACGGUCUGCGUCCAGCCGUCUCUUCGCUUUUGUCGAGUAUGAGGACCGCCGAGACGCUGAUGAUGCAUAUUAUGAGAUGCAUAACAAGCGCAUUGGUCGGGACGACAUCUUGAAGAUAGAGUGGGCUCGUACACCUCCUUCCGCCUCUUGGCGCUUUGAGUCUGGCCGUGAUCGUGAUCGCCGCGGUGGUGGUAGCACUGGUGGCCGCUCGCCUCGUCGUGGCCGUUCUCCUUCGCCUCGCCGCAGUACUCGGGACUACUCCCCCCCUCCUCGCAAGGAAGAUCGUCGCGAUCGCGACCGCGAUUACGACCGAGAUGAUCGUCGAGACCGUGACCGCUCCCGCAGCCCUGUUCCUCGUGAUCGCGACCGCGACCGCGACAUGAAAGACGACAGAGAUGACCGUGAUCGUCGCGAGAACGGCGCUAACGGCGAUGACCGCAAGCCUGCUGAUAGUCCAGCCCCCGCUCACGACGACCUCGACGUGGCCGAGUAA